AUGGAAUUCCUCCUGGGCGGCCUCUCGUCCUGCUGUGCCGUAGUUUUCACCAACCCGUUCGAUGUGCUCAAGACGCGCCAACAACUGGAGGGGGAGCUUCUGGCGAGAGACAAGAUCGGCAAGCGAGCCUACCGGGGGCUGUGGCAAUCGAUUGUAUCCGUAGUGCAAUCGGACGGACUGCGAGGCCUACAGAAAGGACUUCCGGCCGGGGCUUUGUAUCAGUUUUCGAUGAAUAGUGCCCGCCUGGGAACUUAUCAUGUGGUGGAAAAUUUAGGCUGGACACGAAGUGAUAAUGCACUGGUGAAACCCUUGCUGCCAGUCUUUUGGGGUUGUUUUGCAGGGGUCAUUGGCUCUACCACUUCCUGUCCGGUGUUCGUGGUGAAAACGCAAAUGCAAGCUAAAAGUGCUCAACACUACAGUGCCAAGUUUCAACACCAUCACAGUGGUACCGUAGCUGCUUUCGUAAACAUAUACAAGGCGAGUGGCGUCAGAGGGUUAUAUCGAGGCUACACAGCACAUCUGACGCGGGUUUCUCUGGGAUCUGCUACGCAGAUGGCUUCAUUUGCUGCCUGCAAAGAUUAUCUCGCAAAGUAUGAAACGUUUCAGGACUCGGUGAUCGGCAAAGCGUUGGCGAGUAGCGUCAUAGCCGGUUUCAUCUUAGCAGUGCUGAUGUGUCCCGUUGAUGUGGUUCUAGCACGGAUGACGAAUCAAGGCGUGAACGCCGCUGGAAAGGGUCUUCUGUAUGCGAACAUUUUCGACUGCUUUGUGAAGAUCUAUCGCACCGAGAGUGGCCACGGUCUGUACAAAGGAUUCGUACCUCUUUACGCGCGGAUAGCGCCGCACACUCUGCUGAAUUUGACCUUCUGGGAUUUUUUCAAGAGCUUGCAUGAUCGCUACUACAGGAAUGGCAGUUUAAAAUGA